AUGGCGGAAAUUGAAGCUUCCAGUAUCUCCGCCGCGUCCGGCGGCGACGACGGCGGCAGACCGGUGGCGGUGAAGUUGGAAAAGAUGGUGGUGGAUGAAGUUGACGGCGGCGAUCGGCAGUCGUCACAGGAGCCGAACUCACGGCUGUUGUUGGAUCUUAAGCUUUCUAAUGAAGAGUCCGGCGAGGGAUCGGCGGAGAUUUUGAAGAGGAUAGUGUCGGCGCCGCCGCCGCCGCCGCCGGUGACGGUGGAUUCCUCCUCUUCUCAUGGUCAUGCAAAUGAGUUAUCUUCAAAUUCAAAAUCAAGGGUUUUUUCAUGCAACUUUUGCAAGAGGGAAUUUUCCACUUCCCAAGCCCUAGGAGGCCACCAAAAUGCCCACAAGCAAGAAAGAGCCAUGGCCAAGCGCUGCCAAGGAAUGGAACUCGGUGGCGGCCGGCCGCCGUAUUUAGCGUCAUAUUACCCGUAUACCGCCCUCUCAUCUCAUUCGUUCUACGGUUCGUCGCUUGGAGUACGAAUGGAUUCGAUGAUUCAUAAGUCAUCGUAUCGGUGGCUCAAAUCACCAGGGUUACAGUUUCAUGGUAGUUUAGCUUCUCGACCAACAGUGAAUAAUCUAAGAAUAUCUGCAUUUCAAGCUCAAAAUGGUGGGUUUCGAUUAACGACGAUGAUGAAUAAUAAUGUUGAAUCAACGAGGAGAUUUGAUGAAGAUAGAGCGAUUUUGAUACCAAAUUUGAAUCUUUCGGAACCCGUGUUGAAGAUCGAACACCAUGUCGACGAUGGCCAUGAACUUGAUUUAUCGCUCAAGCUUUAG